UCGACAGCAACAACAACGCCAUCACAAACAGAUAGUCGUCGUAUUUCAAUUUGCCCCGAUUCUAAUCUUUUAUCAGAAACAAAAAAAACCAAAAAAAUAACUGGUCAUCCUUCACUCUUUUCAGCUCCUUCAUUCUCCAUCUCUCAAUCUAUUCUACGCUGACCUAUCUACAACUACAUUACACAUCUCUACACUAUACUCUAUGCAACAACCAAUCUCAUGAACCAUUGAAAGAAAUUUAAUAUUUUCAAGAUUUGUGAAACAUUGGUGAGAGAGAGAGAGAGAGAGAGAGAGAGAGAGAGAAUGGGGAAUGGUGCGUCGAGGAAUCCGGACAGUAGCGUUCAUGGUAGCGCGGAGAGAGAUGAAAACCUGGACCAAGCUGGUGGCCAACUCUACGUCUCUCUCAAAAUGAUGAAUUACAAGCUCAAUGGCGAUCUCAUCCCUCACGUCUACGGCUCUGUCCCUCUCGUUGGCUCUUGGGACUCUUCCAAGGCUCUUUCAAUGGACCGUGAAUCAACCUCGAUGUGGGAAUUGAGCUUCGUCGUCCCCCCUAAUCAUGAAACAUUGGAUUUCAAAUUCCUUUUGAGGCCAAAGUACAAUCAUGUGCCGUGCAUAGUUGAGGAGGGUCCAAACCGGCUCCUCACUAGGGGGACCUUGCAAGGGGACGCAAGGUCAGCUUUGUUUAGGCUGAAUGGCAAUGAGGUUCGUGAGUAUCUGGUGUUCAUUAAAGCCGAUAGGGUUUCACCAUUUGAUCUUGCAGCUAGUUGGAGAGCAUAUCAAGAGAACUUUCAGCCUUCAUCUGUUCGGGGAAUUCCUGAUGUUAGUAUAAAUUCGGUGCCAGAGCCGGGUGCUGAGAAUGGCCCUUCAGCGAGUCUGGAGCUUGAUCUUGAACAUUAUGUUGUCCCGGCUCCGGCAACAUUCUCAAACUCAGGUAUGGUUUAUGCUGCUAACAUGACAGAAAGUCCAAGGUCAAUGAUCCAUGCCGGGGUGCUUUCCAAUUCUGAGGGCUCUGGUAAUGUUUUGCAAUUCUACAAGGAUGGUGGUAUUUCCAUUGAUCGAACUGCAACUAAAAAGGAGAUGGAGGUCAUGGUACCAGAUCCAUUUAAGUUCUAUUCAGGUUCUGGCAUGGUUGAAUCAAAGUCGGUAGGAACAUUUUCAUCUUUGCAAAAGCAAGAUAGUCACAGGGGACUCUUUGUGGAUAGGGGUGUUGGAUCUCCUAGGCUAGUUAAAUCGGCCAGUGCAAUGCCUUUCACUUUUGAUCUUAAAUUAGAUACAGAAACGAAGAAUGCGAUGCCAGCAGCUGCUGGAGCUGUUGCAGCUGCAGCAGUAGCUGAUCAAAUGCUUGGACCAAAGGAGGAUAGACAUCUGGCUAUUGUCCUGGUUGGCUUGCCAGCUCGAGGGAAGACUUUUACUGCUGCUAAACUUACAAGAUAUCUUCGCUGGUUGGGUCAUGACACCAAACACUUCAACGUUGGGAAGUAUCGACGCCUCAAGCAUGGAGCUAACCAGUCUGCUGAUUUUUUCCGAGGUGACAAUCCAGAAGGCAUGGAGGCACGCAACGAGGUAGCAGCCCUGGCAAUGGAUGAUAUGAUAGCUUGGAUGCAAGAAGGUGGCCAGGUGGGAAUAUUUGAUGCCACAAACAGUAUGAAGGAACGAAGGAAUAUGCUCAUGAAAAUGGCUGAAGGAAAAUGCAAGAUUAUUUUUUUGGAGACAAUAUGCAAUGAUGAGCGCAUUAUUGAGAGAAAUAUACGUCUUAAAAUUCAACAAAGCCCAGACUAUGCUGAAGAGCCAGAUUUUGAGGCUGGAUAUCAAGAUUUCAAAAAGCGACUAGACAAUUAUGAAAAAGUUUAUGAGCCAGUAGAGGAAGGAUCCUACAUCAAAAUGAUUGAUAUGGUCAGCGGCCAAGGUGGACAAAUACAAGUAAACAAUAUCAGUGGCUAUCUUCCUGGAAGGAUUGUCUUUUUCUUGGUAUGCUGUCUUGUGUUUCAUUGGAUAUUAUCUACUCAGGUGAAUACGCAUCUGACACCCCGUCCAAUUUUACUCACUAGGCAUGGAGAAAGUCGCUAUAAUGUUAGAGGAAGGAUUGGGGGUGACUCUCGUUUAAGUGAUACUGGAGAGGUUUAUGCAAAGAAACUUGCCAACUUUGUGGAAAAGCGACUGAAAAAUGAACGAGCUGCUUCUAUAUGGACCAGCACAUUGCAAAGAACAAUUCUGACUGCCAGUUCAAUUGUUGGAUUCCCAAAGAUACAAUGGCGUGCGCUUGAUGAGAUAAAUUCUGGAGUAUGUGAUGGAAUGACAUACGAAGAAAUAAAAAAGAACAUGCCUGAGGAAUAUGAGUCACGUAACAAGGACAAGUUGAGGUAUCGAUAUCCUCGUGGAGAAUCUUAUCUGGAUGUCAUCCAAAGGCUGGAGCCCGUGAUCAUUGAGCUUGAACGACAGCGUGCUCCUGUUGUUGUGAUAUCUCACCAGGCUGUGUUGAGAGCAUUAUAUGCUUAUUUUGCUGACAGGCCUUUGCAUGAAAUUCCUCAUAUUGAGAUGCCGCUUCACACAAUUAUAGAGAUACAAAUGGGAGUAACUGGUGUCCAAGAGAAAAGAUACAAACUCAUGGAUUGAACUUGCUUUACGAUUGAUUGUAAGUUUGCCAACUCAAACUGGCAAGGCAAUUUUUCUCCAUUCAUUUAAUUUUCCUUCAUUAGCAAGAUGUAACAACAUCCGAAACGUGUAACUCCUAAUAAGUACAAUAAUAUCAAUCCAUCGUCUAUCUACCUUCAAAUAACCUUCAUCUUCC